AUGACAGUCACUUAUUCCAGCAAAGUAGCAAAUGCCACUUUCUUUGGAUUUCACAGAUUACUCCUAAGGUGGAAAGGCAGCAUCUACAAAUUGCUGUACAGAGAAUUUAUUGUUUUUGCUACUCUUUACACAGCGAUAAGUGUAUUAUACAGAUUUUUUCUUACAGGUAGCCAAAAACGGUUCUUUGAAAAAUUAUCAAUUUACUGUGACAAAUAUGCUGAACAAAUCCCAGUAACUUUUGUGCUUGGGUUCUACGUAACUUUGGUGGUGAAUCGCUGGUGGAACCAGUUUGUGAACUUGCCUUGGCCGGAUCGCCUGAUGCUGCUCAUCUCCAGCUGUGUGCAGGGCAGGGAUGAGUACGGGCGCUUGCUGAGGAGGACUCUCAUGCGUUACGUGAAUUUAACAUCCCUGCUGAUCUUUCGCUCUGUCAGCACAGCUGUGUACAAAAGGUUCCCCACCAUGGACCAUGUGGUUGGAGCAGGUUUUAUGACAAAAUAUGAAAGAAAACUUUUUGAUGAUCUUAAGUCUCCCCACCUGAAAUACUGGGUCCCAUUUGUCUGGUUUGGAAAUUUGGCAUCAAAGGCACGAAAGGAGGGAAGAAUUCGAGACAGUGUGGAUCUGCAGACACUGAUGAAUGAGAUGAAUAAGUACCGAUCUUGGUGUAGCCUUUUGUUUGGUUAUGACUGGGUUGGAAUUCCACUGGUGUAUACCCAGGUUGUUACUCUUGCAGUCUAUACCUUUUUCUUUGCCUGCCUGAUAGGGCGUCAAUUCUUGGAUACUGACCAAGGGUACCAGGGACAUGACUUAGAUAUUUACAUUCCAAUCUUCACACUGCUGCAGUUCUUCUUCUAUGCAGGAUGGCUCAAGGUCGCUGAACAACUCAUUAAUCCGUUUGGAGAAGAUGAUGAUGAUUUUGAAACUAACUGGUGCAUCGAUAGAAAUUUACAGGUUUCACUUCUGGCUGUGGAUGAGAUGCACAUGAACUUGCCAAGGAUGGAGAAAGAUAUUUACUGGAAUGAUACCUCUGCCCGCCCACCCUACACAAAAGCAGCUGCUGAUUACUGUAUUCCUUCCUUUCUUGGAUCAACUAUUGAAAUGGGGCUGGCUGAUACCGAGUUUCUCUAUGGGGAAGAGUGGCCUUGGGAAGAGGAGAAACACCAGAGACAGCAUUCGGUUUUGAGAAGAGUCAAGAGGUUUCUCAGUGUCCAUGAGGGUCCUUCAUACCCCACUCACCAGCGCUACAGCCGGCAGACGAGUGAGAAUUCAGUGUUUUUCCCAGCAGAUGAAAAAGGGCACAUCAGACGGCUGCAGGAGAUGCACACAAGAGGGAGGCACUCCACCUUAAGCUUCAAGAGGAAACAUGAAGGAGUUAGCAGAAGUAACAGACUUCAUGGUAGCCGAGAGCUAGGACCCAUAACAGAAACCUCCAGGAACGAGGCACAGUUUGGUGACAGUGACACCUCAUCUGACAUAGCCAGGCCAGUUCCUGAGGUCAUCGUUUCUGAAGCCCAGGAGAUUAAACCUGAUGCGCUGGACGAACCAGAGCUCCCAACAGAGCGCUCUGCAAGCAUGCCAGAAGAGAAGCUCCAAAGAAUCAUAGCUGAGGCAAAUGUGGCUCUUCUGAACCAACACUUUUUCCCCCCAGAAAUGACUCCAUACCUCUCAAGCUCAGAGGUGCAUCAGUCACUUCCUAGUGUGAUAGGAGAGCCCAAACAUGAGCCCCAGGUUAGUAACAUAGCUGGUCUCAUAACAGACCAUGAGAGAAACCUUCAGCGAUGGAGUUUACCAAGCUUCCAUAGUCCUAGUACAGCAUCAAAUGCUGAUGAUGAUCCACCUUCAACAGAUUCUGGGACAACUUCACCACAAAGGACAUUGAGUGAUGGAAAAAAUGGUACUUCUGCUUGUGCUCCACAAACAUUUGAGAUGCAGGACUUAUGGGAAAACCUGGACAGUAAAGAAACAGCCAUAGUAGAAUUUUCUAAUGAGGAGAGUGAAAGAAAACUUUGA